CCAUCCUAAUCCAUCCCUCCAGCCGGUCGCGGACUCGGGCUCUGUGUCUGGAAUCGGCGACCUGAAAUCUCGGGGGCUGAGUGGUGAUCGUCAUCUGCCUCGUUCGUGGCUCCGACGUGAAACCUUCCGCAGGUAUUCGGUGCUGGAGAUCCGACCACUUCCUGCUCCUGUCUUGGCUCGAGAUCCGAGCCAAGCACAGAAGACUUUUUAUUCGGGAUUCCGAUUAGAUUUAUUCUAUUACAGAUGGCAUCGGAUGAGGGGUUUUUGACAGAUGGACAGCGGAAGAAAUUGGAAUUGGCAACUCAGAAUGCUGAAAUCUUGUCUUCAUCCCCAAAGUCUCCUCCUCUGAUUGCUGAUCUCAACGUCAAGUCCCCCACCGGUGGUAAGGGACCUGUAGCUGGGAAUGCAUUUAGGCAUGUUCGGCGGUCACACUCAGGGAAGUAUGUGCGUGUAAAGAAGGAUGGUGCUGGUGGGAAGGGAACUUGGGGGAAGCUACUUGACACUGAUGGAGAAUUCCAUAUUGAUAAAAAUGAUCCCAACUAUGAUAGUGGAGAGGAACCAUAUGCACUUAUUGGCUCGACAAUACUAGACCCGUUGGAUGAUUACAAAAAGGCUGUAGUUUCCAUCAUUGAGGAAUACUUUAGCACUGGUGAUGUGGAAGUGGCAGCAUCUGACCUAAGGGAACUUGGUUCAAGUGAAUACCAUUCUUACUUUGUCAAGCGGCUUGUUUCCAUGGCCAUGGACAAGCAUGAUAAGGAGAAGGAAAUGGCUUCAGUAUUGCUCUCGGGAUUGUAUGCUGAGGUUGUCAUGCCUGAUCAAAUCAGGGAUGGGUUUAUCAGACUUCUUGAAUCUGUCGAUGAUCUUGCAGUGGACAUACUCGAUGCCGUUAAUGUCCUUGCCUUGUUCCUUGCCCGGGCGAUUGUUGAUGAUAUUAUUCCCCCAGCUUUUCUGGCAAGAGCAAGGAAAACUCUUCCAGAAUCUUCCAAAGGGUUCCAGGUUAUCGUAACCGCAGAAAAGAGCUAUCUCUCGGCUCCUCACCAUGCCGAACUAGUGGAGAGGAAAUGGGGAGGUUGCACUCACAUUUCUGUAGAGGAAACGAAGAAAAAGAUUUCAGAACUUCUGAAAGAGUAUAUUGAAAGUGGCGACGCGUAUGAAGCGUGUAGAUGCAUCAGGGAUUUGGGCGUCUCUUUUUUCCAUCAUGAGGUUGUGAAGAGGGCUCUGGUUCUAGCCAUGGAGAUUCAAACAGCCGAACCGCUCAUAUUAAAGCUGUUGAAGGAGGCGGCCGAGGAAGGGCUGAUCAGUUCGAGUCAAAUGAUGAAGGGUUUCUCCCGAGUAGCAGAGAGUCUUGAUGACCUCGCCCUAGACAUCCCGUCCGCCAAAACGUUGUUUGAAUCGAUAAUUCCCAAGGCUAUUUCCAGUGGUUGGCUAGACGAUUCUUUCACGAAACCCCCUGAAGAUGGAGAGGUAAAAUUUGAAGACGAAAAGCUGAGAAAGUACAAGAAGGAUGUGACUGCCAUAAUUCAGGAAUAUUUCCUCUCGGAUGACAUCCCUGAGCUGAUCCGCAGUCUCGGGGAUUUAGGAGCACCUGAAUACAACCCUGUGUUUCUGAAGAAGCUCGUCAUUCUUGCUAUGGACAGGAAGAACAGAGAAAAGGAGAUGGCCUCUGUUCUCCUCGCCGCCCUUCACAUGGAGAUCUUCUCGACCGAGGAUUUUGUAAGCGGGUUCACCAUGCUCCUGGAAUCUGCCGAAGACACGGCCUUAGAUAUCCUGGACGCGUCAAACGAACUUGCUCUGUUUCUGGCUAGGGCUGUGAUCGAUGACGUCUUGGCCCCACUGAAUCUGGAGGAGAUCUCGAGCAAGAUACCGCCAAAAUCCGCGGGAACCGAAACCAUCCGUUCGGCUUGCUCGUUUAUAUCCGCCCGUCACUCGGGGGAGCGACUCCUAAGAUGCUGGGGCGGUGGGACAGGGUGGGCAGUGGAAGACGCGAAAGACAAGAUCUUUAAGCUUCUCGAAGAGUACGAAACGGGGGGAGUGAUAUCCGAGGCCUGCCAAUGCAUCAGGGAUCUCGGGAUGCCGUUUUUCAACCACGAGGUUGUGAAGAAAGCGUUGGUGAUGGCGAUGGAGAAGAAGAACGAUGGGAUGCUGGAUCUGAUGCAGGAAUGUUUCGCCGAGGGGAUCAUCACGACGAACCAAAUGACGAAGGGUUUCGCGCGCAUCAGAGAUGGCCUCGACGACUUGUCGCUCGAUAUCCCGAACGCGAGGGAGAAGUAUAACUUCUACGCCGAGCAGGCGCUGAGGAAUGGAUGGCUCCUGCAAGGGUUUGAUGCAUCUGUAAGUCCUUGAGACACAAUACAGCACCAUCUACAUAUCUUUCUCUUUCUUAUGCAAAGCUUUAUAUGUCUUCUAUUAAAAAUAAAAACAUCUAUAUAUAUAUAUAUAUAUGUGUGUGUGUGUGUGUAGUUGUGAGGUUGGGUUGGUAGAUAAAAAAACAUGAGGUGGUUGUGUUUCAUGUGUGUUUUUGGAAUCUGAUGUGUCUUUUUUUUUUAAACGUAAGAAAGCCUCUUUCUCGUCUCUUUGUCUAUGCGAUUGCUGCGUAGUAUGGUGUGGUCUGUGGUGUGGAUGAUACGAACAUGGAAGAAGAGACGUGUACCAUCAUUCCAUCA